AGACUGGUGGUCUGGAUGGAUCGUGUGUCUUAAAAUGAGUGGCUGCGGGCCUGCAGCUGGAUACUAUAGAUCGCUGCAGGGCAGUGUUUCAUCUUUUAAGACAAGUUGCUAAAAAUAAAUAUUUAGCGUUAAAAUGCUUCAUCACUGUCAGCUGGUAGAAAUUUAUAACAGACAUUUGUACAGAAACGUUGCAUUAUGACAUUAAAUAAGCACGCAUUAAUCACAAAUUAAGACGUUGACAGUGUUGCGCAGCGUUGUCCAUUUUGGUUGGUUUGUUUUUACGACCUGUAUCAACAACAGCAUGCCUCAGAUGUCUAAGCAACGUGCUCAGGUGCACACAUAGACCAUGGCUGUAAAGCAACAGGAUCUAUUGCGAGACAUGCAGAACUGCUUUAACCACCUGAAAGUUGAAGAGAAUAAAACAGAAACAGUCUCUGAAAGACAUCGCAAUGAGAGUAUUAAUAUUGGAUGUACGGAGUUUCCUGAUUACUCAGAAGAGGUCCGUUCGGUUCUUAAAGCUGGGUGGCUAGAAAAAACUCCUCCAAAUAGUGGGGUGAUUUACCAGCGCCGAUGGGUGCAGCUGGAUUCAGAAUAUUUGAGAUAUUUUCAGUCUCCCAAGGAGGUAUACUCUAAAAGGAUGAUAUCUCUGCGAUGUGUGGAUAAGGUGGUCGGUGUUGGAGAUCUGAAAUUUGAGCUUCACAGUCAGAACCGAACUUUCCUGUUCCGAGCGGACAAAACUGAGGAAAUAAAUGAUUGGGUGUGUUGUCUUGAAAAAGCUCUGAGUGAUAACAGAAACAGUAUUGAAUCAAGGAAUCUGUUCUUUAAGCGGGGAAGUGUGGAUUUUAGUUUCGAAGGCUACCUGGAGUUGAUGUCACCACGCAUCAAGGUCUACACGAUUAUAAGCAGGGACAAACUGUACCUUUUCAAGAACCGUGAGGAACAUUUUCAGGGUGUUGGUGUCACUGAUAUAGACAUGCGAAUGGCCCGAGUGAAAGAUGGAGGAAAACGCUCUUUCACACUCACUACUCCGUACAGAACAUUCAGUUUUUUAGCAGAGUCAGAGAGUGAGAAGCAGAGAUGGUGUGACUCUCUGAAUGAGUGUGUGAGUCGCUCUCUGUCAUGUGAUGGAGUGUGUGAAAGCUUGUGGCGUGUUGUAUCCAACCAACAAUGUGCGGAUUGCAGCGCUUUAAUGCCGGAGUGGGCUUCAAUCAACCUGUGUGUGCUGCUGUGUGAAAAAUGUGCAGGUGUGCACAGAAGUCUGGGACAGAACGUGUCAAAGGUUCGCAGUCUGAAGCUGGAUGAGCGAGUGUGGACCGAUGACCUCAUCAGGGUUUUUCUGCAGCUGGGUAAUGCUAAAGCAAAUACAUUCUGGGGAGCGAAUAUUCCCCCGAGUGAGAGUCUUUGCGUGAACGCAAAUGAUGAGCAUCGUCUCCAGCACAUCACAGCCAAAUAUGUGCAUGGCAAAUAUCGCAAAUACCACACACUCUACGGCCAACAGGAGGCGCUCGAUAGUGCUCUGUGCAAAGCAGUGCAGUCGUCAGAUUUAUUGGAGAUUCUAACAUUGCUGCACUGUGGGGCAGAUAUCAAGUGCCACACUGGUAUCCCAGAUUUCCCUACUCCACUGUCUCUGGCCAAACGCAGUGGUCAGUCUGCGCAAGCGGAGCUACUUACGCAGAACCUAAACACAGCAGAAUCUUUUGAGUCAGUGCUUAAAGAUGUAUCCAUCCAGUCUCGUCGUGGCUACCUUUUCAAGCCCGCCUCAUCAUCUCGGCCAAUCACAGAGCAUAAAAACAAAGCAGACUUUGCUCGGCGUUGGAGUUGUCUGGAGGGUGGAGUGUUUAGCUACUAUAAGAAUGACCAUAGCAAAAAGUGUGGUGGCAUGAAGACCAGUGACAUCAUCUGCCUGUCUGUUAACAGCCCAGGGAAACAUGUCUAUGAGCACACCUUUGAGCUGUACACUGAGGAAGGCCGAGGCUACCUGUUUGGGGCUGAUGAUGCUAACACUGUCAGAAACUGGAGCAAGGCCAUUUCCAUGGCUAUGUUACCUACUGCGCUAUUUGAUAUAUGUGGACCCUGUGAUCGUCUGGGCCGCCUACGCUGCGUUGAAGGAAGCCAUGGGAUUGGUUGGUUUUGCUUGAGCGGCUUUAAACUGCAUGUGUUACUGGAGAACACUGUACAAACAAUUGAUCUGCGCAAACUACUCUCGCUCUCUCACUCUGAUAGCGAUGGCUCUAUGGUGCUGGUGUGGAGGGGUGGAACCCUGCAUGUUCUGACUGACCGCAGACCUCAUUUUGUGGGCUGGCAGACCUGCAUACAGCAGAAAUCUGGCGCUGGAGAUCAACCACUUUCUCACCAGCAGCUUACAGAGCUUGAUGUACCGGUGACCAUCGACCGCUGCUUGGACCAUGUAACACGUUAUGGACUUCUGUCUCCGGGAAUCUACCGGAAGAACGGCGUUAAUUCUCACACUACUAAACUACUGGAGAGGUUUCACAAUGAUGCACGAAGUGUCUCAUGGAGCGAGUCAGACUUUUCAGUGGAUGAUGUAGCAAACACUCUAAAGAGGUUUCUCAGGGAGGUCAAAGAUGGAGUGCUGAAUGGCCAGGAUAACGCCAAGAGCUGGCUUAAAGCUGCAGAUCUGGAGGACAAAACUGAAAGGAUUUAUUAUUACCAAAAUCUCCUCUCAAACCUACCAAUUGUCAACCGAGCAACACUCAAAGCCCUCACACACCACCUGCUUAGUGUUCAGCAUCUGUCCAACGAGAAUCAGAUGACAAAAAGAAAUCUUGGUAUUGUGUUUGGUCCAACGCUCUUUCAGACCGAUGGAACAGAUGUCAAAGAACCUCGAGUGGUGGAGGAGUUGAUCCAGAACUACUGCAGUAUUUUUAAUGUUUCAGAGUCUGAACUACUGAGGCAGCUCAACUUGACGACUGCCGCCCUGAAUAAACACAAAUCCGAGAGGCCCUCGAGUAAAACCACGUCCAGCAUUAUUUGUGCUGUUGAUCUUGAGAGAAUAGAGGAGGGGUCGGAGGUGCUCGUUCAGGUUGGGGCAAAUAUGACUGCAGUUGAGUUGGUUUCUGAAGUUUUGGAUCAUAAAGGAGUUAAGCCGGCCAAUGAGGAUUUCUGGAGCUGCUAUGAGAUUCUAGAGAAAGAGGAAAUGGACCGAAUGCUGCACUACCAUGAAAAAGUGUCGCCAGUCUACUUUUCACCUGGGCUACAGUGUCACCUGCUGGUCAAAAAGAAUCACUACAUCAGCAACAUCUUGAAGUACCUGGAGAUGAUGGAGGAGAAUGUGUGUAAGAGCGGCACACUGCGUGUUUGUGAGGUUAAAAGUGAACGCAGCAAAAACUAUUGUAGUCGCUACUGUGAACUGUCUGGUACCACCUUUAGAAUGCACAAGGAGCUGCAGAAUUCUCCAUGUGAGAGGGAGUGGCCUGUCAAAGAGCUGAAAGUCUACAAUGGUUAUCGGAGCAAACUGCAUUCACCCACACCUUGGGGAAUAACACUGGCACAUGACAAACAACAAUGGUAUCUCUGCUGUGAUAAUGAGGAUGAGUUCAUUGAAUGGACAGCCACUUUCUUUAGCAUUCAGUAUGAUGGUGACAUCUGGCCCUCUCCACUGGUGAUGCAAUCUCACAACAGCUGAUUGUUCUGAGGGAAUGGAACUGUUAUACAGCAUCACAUAAAGGUGUUUACAAAUAGACGGUCACACUUGGAGAGUGAAACACUAGUAAUUGUGUUAUGUGAUUUGUUUUGUUUUCUAAAUUCAUUUUGAUCUGAUCAUCCCUGUGGAAAUAUGUUUAGUGAUAAAGUAACGUUACGCCAUAAAUCUGAAUUAUUCUGCUAAGGUGCAAUAUAACAGUUUUCUUUACAUACAGUACAUAAUUUAUUAACCUUAGUCAGCUAGAAAUGAAUGUGUAAAAACAGCUGCUUUUCUUAUUUGUGAAAUAAAUUGGUUUACUUUUUGUCAUUACACUCUAACAAUGCUGUUUUUUUCAACUUAUAGCUCAAAAUAAGGAGUCAGCUGAUGGGUUGAAACAACCUAGCCUUUUAGUACAUUUAGGGGCGGUUUCCCAGACAAGGAUUAUCUUAAAACAGGACUAGGCCUUGGUUAAAUUAGGAUAAUUAAGUUGUUUUAAAAACAUACUUUACAAAAAACAUUACUGUGUGGUUGGGUUGUCUGCUAACAUUACUCCUCCUUCAUACAUGUGUGUCAUGUUCACGCCUAGAGGAAUCAAAGCGUGACACUCACUGACAUGCAUUUUCGAGUGGACCGAAAAUCUGUUACACGCUUUGGCGUGAUACUGGGUUGGUGCAUCUUGAGACAAAACAAUCACAGUGUUAUAUUUUAAGAUAUGUCGGUGCAAGUUGUUUUCGAGGCAUCUCUCAAAUUUAAGUUAGUCUGAGACUAGAGUUAAGCCCUGUCCGGGAAACCGCCCCUUACUGUUUGUCAUCCCAUAAAUUCAUGAAUUUCUGUUUACACAAGACUGUUUAUACUCAUAAUAAAUGUUCUCUGCACACAUUUACAUAUUUUUUGAAUAAUGCCCUUUCAGGGGCGUACAUGGUCAUCCACUAUCUGGCCACCUCUGUUGUGCGAAGCAGUUUUAAGAUGCGUGUCGGAGUUUACGGAGUUCUGCGCAGAUCAUUUAGCAUAUGCACUGAAAGUAACGCGAGAACUUUACUCUCACGUUAAUAUGAAGUCAUACGCUGACGCACUGACGCAAACAGUCUGAGCGCUAUUAGCUAGUGAUGGGUCGUUCUUGAACGAUUCGUUCAUUUUGAACGAAUCUUUAAUGUGACUCGGGAAGAAUGAGUCGUCUCGGGGAGUGAUUCGUUCAGUCGCGCAUGCGCAUUGCGCAACAUUCUAUGGGUCCUGUACUGGAAUUAAUAAAUUAACUAAUUUCUCUAUCCAAAGCUGUCACGUCACGUGACAAAAGAACGAAAGACUCAAACCCGAAGACUUGUCAGAUAAGAGGUGUGGUGAGCUAAUCAUAGACUAAAGACCCAUGUAAACAAUGAAUUAAUCUUUUCUGUUUCUUAUAGCAUUAUAGUUUUGUAUUGUUUGUAAUGUGAUCAACAUUUGCAUAAGAAGUAGAUGUGUUAGGAAAGUAACAUGUAACAUUUAAAUUAUAUUUUGCUAAAAUGAACAAAAUGAACGAUAUGACUCGAAAAAAGAUUCGUUCAUUUUGCUGAACGAGACUCAAAGGUCCGAGUCAGUAAAAUGAUCCGAACUUCCCAUCACUACUAUUAGCUGAACAGCUGCUAACCUCUUUGCUUCAUGACAGUGUACUUGUCUGUGUACCAUGGAAGUUCAUCGUGAGCAGAAGGAUCAGGGUAGGGUUGCACCAGCCAUUCGUAAGUUCUUUCUUAAACGUGAACGUAAAGUCCACACUAGAGGCUUAGUAACUACUACUAGCUAGUUUGUAACUAAAUCUGUAAUCUGUAUGUUAUUCGGUUGCACCAUUUGGUCUUAAGGCAGAACGUAGCUAGUUCGUAAGCUCUGCGUAAAGUAAUACGUAGUCACAUAAUAUGACGUUUACCUUCAACAGUCCAAUAGCAGCCUUUAAAUUCGUGAGAAAAAUGUGUGUUGAAAUGUUAUGAAUUUCAAAACAUUCUUGAUUUAAACUUAUUUUACCUCACAUAAUAACGGUAAAAACGGUAUAUAGAAUACUACCUUUCAUGAAUAACAUAUUUAAAAGUAGAUUAAUAAACAAAUGCUGUUUAAAACAAUAUAGCCUACUUAAUGCAAUAAUAAGUGACAUGUAAUAUGGGUGAUUUCAUUUUACUGCCAACCGCCAAUUAAAUAAAAAGAUUAUUUCAUUUUGACGUGCAGAACAUAUGCAGAUAUACACACACGGAGGCGCGCUAGGACAGUUCGUGUUAGAGCAGUCAAAAAUUAAAUGUCAUCACAUAAUGUUCUCUAUUUUAAAAGGAAAGUGACUGUAAAUGUCAGCAUUAUCAUGUGUAAAUCAUUGAAGAAUGUCGAGUGCAACAAGAGCUUAUUCCGUUAGUUCAGAGAGUAUGCGAUUUUAUUCCUACAGUUAUUCCUGAUAAGAGGCUUCCGUAAAUAUUUAGUUUAUACGUAACAUUACGCUUCAACUCAAAAAUAUUUUGUAGUGCAUAAGUUGUAACUUAGUGCCCGUUUAAGUCAAAACUACAGUACAGCUGUACAGUACGCACAGCUGGUGCAGCCGGCCCCAGGUCAGUAAAAUCAGUCUUGUUUAACUGGAUUUCAUUCAUUAAUUAUAUUUUCGCGAAAGUUUAAGUUUGGGGUACUGCAAUGUUUAUUUUCUAUAAAAAAUGCUAACUUACUGCAAAUGAUAGCUAGCAAAUUAUUUUAAAAUAAUGUUAGCACAUGAAAGCAUUGCAAAUAAAUUGUUUACUUUACGUUCUUUGUGUAUGUUCUUGACCAGCAAACUAUGUGUAAUGAAGAAUUGGUGUACAUUACAGUAGAAGUUAAAGAAUUUCUGUCUGUAAGGAAUGGAUUUUUUGGUCACCCUAAUAAAAUCACUGGGUCUUAC